ACUGAAAUUCUGGUGAAUUUCUGGCCCCGUUUGUAAUUUUUUCUUUGACGCGGGAGAUCCUGCGCAUGAAUUCCUUGUCUUCCACCGGCCAAAGCAACAACGCCGAUGAGGGCCAAAAGACUUCGGCUCCUUCGGCGGUUAUCGGAGUAGAUUUGUCGUUGUCAUGCGGAGCUCGUACGUCAGUUAGAGGUCAAGAGAGAAGAGCAAGUGGUGGUCUAUAUGGCGACGACGAGUUCUUGGACAGCGGCGGCCAUGGCGAUGGGGAAUCAAGCUCCGGCAAAGACAUUGUCAAGUUCACCGUCGGGUUGGGCGUGCCGGCUGUCGAGGGAGGAGUAGGGCGGGAAGCCAUCGAUGAGUGCGACGGCUCCUCGUCAUCUUCAAGGACGUACCGCCCCAAGAUCAGCCGAAACAACAUUGGCUAUCAGGUAGCCUUCUCAGACCGGCUGCCAGUCGAACCGCUGGAUUGGGCUGUUCGGUACUCCUACACCAGCGAACCAUUACGUGAAUCUGAAGAAGAGCGAGAUGUGUUCGUCGCAAGGUUGGCCACUAUAGCUGAUUUAGCUGAACGAAAUUUGAUGUUAGAGGAGAAGAGGGCCGAAGUGCAUAACAGAUUGCUAGCCACCAAAAGGCAAGAGUUGGAAGAAAAAAAGAGGUUGCAAGCGGAGGGAGAGAAGUUGCAGAAACCAUUAGAAGCUCAAAAAGAUAAACCAUCUGCAACGGACGAACAACUUGCCCUCCUCAGAGAGGCCGUCCUCAACACAAGGCAAGAAAUGGCCUUAAUGCAUCAGACGCUACAAAAAGUAGAGACUCAUCGGAGUGAGUUUGAAACUGUUUGGAACAACUUUCUGGAGAAAUCAGCAAAAGACGUUGACCAGCAUAUCCAGACUUAUAUCAAGGCGUUAAAUGAACACAUCACCAAGACCUUCACUCCAGUGGUCAUAGAAAAGAUUGUCAAGGGAGCUGGAGGCGGAGGAGGGGAUGGCGGCGAUGACGGCGAUGAUGACAAAAAGGGGAAAGGGGUUCCUGAACGGAAAGGAAAACUUCCACAGGAAGUAGGGCAGGUCAGCAAGAUUAAACUCAAAUUGCCAUGUACCUAUAACGGGAAAAAAAAUGAAAGUGUUCUGCACUGGAUGACAGUCAUUGAAUCAUACGUAUACGGGCAGCGAAUCCCAUACUGGGACAGGGUGUUGAUGGCGAGUUCAUGUAUGGAAGGCGAUGCCAUGAGCUUCGCGAUUUCGCUACAAAAGGAGGCGGGUUGCAGCUCAAUGGUAGAGUUCUCACAACAAACUCGGAUUGAAGACUUUCUUAAAACAAUUCGAGAAAGAUUUGAGGACAAGAACUUAGGACGUCGCACAGAGAUGUUGAUCCUCAACCUCCCUGAUAGGAAAUGGAAGAGCACCUCUGCCCUGAAAGCAACCAUGGAUGAAUUGUUACAGUGCCCCGACCAUGGACUUACACCUGCCCAAAUUUUGAACAGCUUUGCACGAGCAUUUCCUGAUCCCCUGCGAACACAACUCUAUCCCCGUGUCAAAGAAGAUGGAACGACUUACGAGAAGUUCAGCAAGAUCGCGAUAGAUCAUGCUGGCUUCCUCGCCGAAGCAAAUUACUGCCACUACUGGAAAGAUCUGCAAGCGGGAAAGAAGUGGCAAAACCACACUAUCUCAGGGUCUAUACCUGGGAAGGAUAGUCUCCUUCUAACCUUUGAAGAGGGAGGCGUCGAGACCAUCUCCUGGGACCAGGUAGAUUAUGGACUCGACGAACUCAGCGGACCGAUAGCUCAGGAGGGGAGUUAUGCGGCCGUUGUAGCCCGCGGGGGAGGGCGUCAAGGAAGAGGGCGUGGCCGAGGAAGAGGUCGCGGCCGUGGUGGACGAGGAUUCGGCACCCAGAGGGGUGGUGGCGAAGGAAGCCACUACGUGGGAGGAAGGGGAAAUGGUCCCUCGCAAGGUGGCCGUGGUGUGUGCAAGGUCUUCAGCAAGAUCGAUCUCAAGUCUGGCUACCACCAGAUUGAAGUCGACCCUGCAGACCAGUCAAAACUGCAUUCAAAACUCGCGACGGGUUAUAGUGGAUCGAAUAUGUGUGGUAGUGAAGGUAUUCGCAGUAAUUUCAAGUGGUUGUCGUGCAGCGAUCAUAAGAUUGCGACGGUGUUGACCACUGUGCUCAACAAGACCACAACUUCGACAAAUGGGGUAAAGUCAGCGCCGUUUUACAAAUUUGAGGAUGCUGCACCGGAGGUAUUUGAGUUAAUUGACAGUUGCAAAGAUCUUGUGCGUCACGUCAAGCAGACGAGCCUGCAAAGGGCAUUGAAAAAUACGUUAGAGCAGGAGAACGUGACAAGAUGGAAUUCGUUGUUACGUAUGCUUAAGAGUGUCAGCAAGAGCUACGAGGAAGUUUCGAAUCUCUUGCUGAACCGGGGUGGUAAUAGGGCCAUACUGAUUGCAAAAAUCAACAGAGAGUUGUUGGAGGAACUAGUACGUUUCCUCGAUCGUUUCGAAGAGGCCACUUUGAAACUAGAAAGUUAUCUCCGACCUGCUCUCCAUUGUGUGGUCUUCGAGCGAUUUGAAUUGCUCCAACAUUGCGAGACUAGCACGGAGCCUGUGACAGAAGUGGAUGACUCCGGAAAGAAAAUCGUGACUCCGCCGGAUUCAAACCCAAUUGUAGCUAUCAAGAAGUUGAUCAAGGACACGMUGAUAGAGAAAUGGUCUCUGGAAGAGCUGCAUGUUGUUGCUGCCUUGCUUGAUCCACGUCAAAAAGAUAGGCUAGAGCUUUUCGAUGUCCCAUACGUACAAGUGAAACGAAGGAAGGCUCAAUUGAAGACGAUCAUGCAAGAUAUUGCCAUUAGUGUUGACAACGCAUCUGAUGUGCUCGAGGACGAGGUCGUGAAAGAGCGUCCAACAAAAAGAAGACGGGGAAGAUCGGGGAUGUGCAGCUCUGACGAGGAGGAUGAAGAAGCGCCACGAAGGGAUGAAUCAAUGAAGAUGAGCAUACCCGAGAGGAUUCAGAAAGAGUUCGAAUAUUAUUUUACGUUGAUAAGUGCAGAUUGGAAGGACUUCACCUCCCAGAUCUACGACAUCAAACUCAAGAUGACGUCUGGUCGACAUCCCGAAGCCAAUGGACUGGUUGAGGAGGUCAACCAGACUGUGAUCCAACUUCUUAGAGCUCUAAUUGUGUCUGAUCAGAACUCUUGGGAUGAGGAAUUGCCGAUUAUGCAAGGAUUGUAUAACAACUCCAUACACUCCUCCACCGGGAUGACACCUAAUCGGCUGCACCUCGGUUGGCAGAUUCUCAAUCCCCUAUCCUAUCUGUUUCCUGACCAGCCACCUGGCCUGACACCUGGCCAGCCAGGCUACAACACUAAGUUGGAUCGUUUGCUCAAAGUUGUUGUCGCAGCCAUGGAAAAGCGACGCAGUGCCAUGAUUAAGCAUGCAAAUAAAAAGCGCCAGCCUGACCCUUUCACAGUGGGAAGUUAUGUCUGGGUCAAGAUGUCUGAGUUUUCUGAAGAAGGUGUAUCAUGGAAGCUUCUUCCUCAGUACUCGUUGCUGAAGAAAGCUGGAUGGAGUGAGGGCGAGGGUCUUGGACUGCAUAGUCAGGGUAGAUUGGCGCCCGUUAGUGCACAUCUGAAGAGCGAUAAGGGAGGCAUCGGAGCAGACAAGGUUCCCAACGUCAGAAUGCAGGACCAGGUGCAGGAACAGCGAAAAAUAAGGAAGCAGGAGGGGAAAAAGUUGAGGCCUGUAGAGUACAUGUCCAAAAAGAUUCCCUCUCAGAAGUUGGAUGAGUCCACCUAUGAGAAGGAACUCUAUGCGAUUUACAAGGCGCUCACCCAUUGGAGGCACUAUCUCCUUGGGAGGUUCUUCUACGUCAGGACUGAUCACCAGACCCUGAAGUGGAUGAGAACCCAGCCUGUGCUCUCCAACGCUCUGAAGCGUUGGAUUGAAGUCAUAGAGCAGUAUGACUUUGAGCCCCAGUACAUCAAGGGCGAGUACAAUAAGGUUGCUGAUGCGCUGUCGCCUAGACCAGAUUUCUCUGGUGUGCUGAUCACUGAGUUUGGGCUUGCGGACGAUGUUACUCAAUCUAUGGUGGAAGCCUAUUGCGAGGACCGGUUUAUGUUUGAGAUCAUACGCAGACUCGAGGCGAAGGACAAAGCAACUUCUGUCGAGUUUGAGUUGGUCAACGGGCUGCAGGGAAUAAACGUUUCCAAUCUGCUGCAGCGGUUCUGGUGGCCGACGAUGAUGAGAGCCAAUCUGCUGCAGUUGUACAAGGAGACUUGUCAAGUUUGUCAGAGAGACAAGCCCCGUACGCAGGCCCCUCUUGGGCUCCUCAAGCCUCUUCCGAUUCCGGAAAGGCCCGGUGAGAGCUUGUCUAUGGACUUCAUGGACACGCUGGUCACCAGCAAGAGCGGAAUGAGACACAUCUUUGUUAUCGUGGAUAGGUUUAGUAAGUACGCUAGGUUAGUUGCAAUGUCGGAGACAGCGAAGACUGGGCAUGUGAUUAAGCUGUUCAAAGAGAACUGGUUAGAGAUUUUGGAUUGCCAAAGUCUAUAGUCAGUGACCGUGAUGUGCGAUUCACAAGUGAACUGUGGAAAGCCACAGCUGCAGAAUAGGGAACGCAGUUGCAGAUGACAUCAGGAAACCAUCCCGAGGCGAAUGGACAGGCAGAACAGUUGAACCGCGUCGUACAACACCUGCUGUGAGGCAUUACAUCAAGCCAAAUCAGGUAGACUGGGAUGAGAAACUUGCUCUCAUUGCCAGCCUGUAGAACAACGCGGUCCACAGCGCAACGGGCGUGAGCCCGAAUAGUCUGCUAUUAACCUUUAAGCCUAGACUAUCCUUGGAUUUCUUACUACCUGAGAACCAGCCCUCUGCUGCACCAGGGACUUUAGAGUUUGCUUAUCGAUAUGAGCAGUUGAUGCAGCAGGCUGUUGAACAAAUGUACAAGACACAA